AUGGCGGCACCAUUGAAGGCUUACCAAAAGCUCAGUGCCGAGGAGGAGUUCUCCUGCAUUGCGUCCUUCCGUAUUGGCGCUCCUUCAGGAUUCGAUCGGGAGGAACCGCUUGGAGAUCCUGAGGACUCGGAUGCAACCGUUCAGUCGGACUACAGCGAAAAUAGUAAUGAAGAAGAAGACGAUAUCGACGACGAGUAUGUGGGCGCGUAUGGAGAGAGUUUUGCCGAGGAUGGAUUAGUCUGGGACGAUUACCUGCAAGAUCAACAUGAACGGCAAGAGGAAUCAAUCCUAAGAAGCGAAAGAGAGGGUGAUCGCCGCAGGAGGAGGUGGGAGAAGGCCAACGGUCGUACCAAAAAGAUGCAGGAUAUGAAGCGGCAAGUCAUGGACGUCGUGGCGAUGGUGGGCACAUGCACUCACUGGAGGGACACUCUCACCAACGAUCAUCUUGCGAGUUGCAGACGCUGCUUUGGAAACCCAUUGUCCAUUGGUUGUUCCCCAACACCAGCCUCGAAGCUGUGUUAG